UGAAAAUCGGAAAUAAACAUAGCUUUUGCUGAUUUGAGUACCAAGUAUCCCUGUCUGGAUUGAUUUAUUCGGUGAAGGCUUUAAUUUUGUGCACCGGUAAGAAACGGACGGUUGAGGAGCCUCUCGAACAGCAUCCCUACACUUGAAGAAUGACGAGCUUGCUGGGUCUCGGCGCAUAUCAAAGCAGUAGCGAGGAUGAGGGUGAAUCCAGACAUUCUUCACCAACUCCGAAUAUCGAGCACAAGAACCAGGGAACUGAAGCAUCAAAGACCACAGGGCGUAUAACUCAAACGGAAAACACCAGCAACCGUAAUCUAACAGAUGAAGCUCCUCCCAAAGCACUUAGUGGGCCCAUUAUGGGACCGUUGCACGAUGAAGCUCCAUCUUCUGCAGACAAACUUUCAAAUGAUGCGCAAUUGUCCCCUGCCUCAGCAGCACGCACAUUGAUUCAUGAUCUAACUCUACCUCCCGUGGCCAAUCUGGACAUUCCCCCGUCUCCUCCUGGCUCACCCGAGCCGAUGGCUAAUGCGAAGUUUACCCAUUUUCUGUCAUUGAAAAAGCAGGGUACACAUUUUCAUGAGAAGUUAGCAAAUUCAUCGUCACUCAGAAACCCCAGUCUCCUACGAAAAUUGAUGGAUCAUGCAGGGAUUGACGAGCAAGCGCAAUACAAUACUUCUUUGCCUGCUGAAUUGUGGAAUCCCUCUGGCUUACCGAGCUGGGCUUACAAGGAGGAACUGUUGAAGUCACAGAAAGAAAGUAACAAGAAGUUGGAAGAAAGGAGGCGCACGGGACAGAGGGAAAACAUUGAUUUUGUGCCUUCCGUUACCAUGGACUCCAGCAUUACGUGAUCUAUCUGUGGAUGUAUAUGUAGAAUCAAUGGGGAAAGGCAUGAACUUCUCAGACAUCCAGAGUACUUUGGAUUGAAAGAGUAGCUAGGAGAUCAGCGGGUCAUUUAAGGUUCUUCCAGGAAUCCU